ACAGCCGCCAUCUUGUCGCGGCUCAGAAUCAGGAUUUCGGUGGAGCAUUAUUUUAUAUUUUGAAACAGAGCGUCCGGAUUUACCUUUAACGGCACCGCUAACCAAAAAACAAAACACUUAAAUCAUUCAGAGGAAUUUUUUUUGCAAAAACCGUGGAUUUAAUCGCGUUCGUCGGACAGAAAGCCCUCGUAUAUCUGAUUUCCCCUUCAGAGAGCGGCGCUUCUGUCCCUAUCUCCGUUCCGAGACGUAUUGUUUACCGGGAGCUAUCGGAGGAGAGACAGCAGCUUAGACACGAUUUUGCAAAAAUAUAUUAUUUUUAUGCAGUUAUGCGCUGUUAUGAGGAUUUAAACGGAUUUUGCACGGAUUUUUUUGACGUCAGGAAAAUGGGUUAUUUGGUGAUGCACAUUUAACGACUCCUGGGGAAACGGUCAACGACCCAUGCCGAUAUAUUUUAAUUUAUUUUUAGCCGUAUUUUUUGGUCGAAGUAAAGUCUUUUUGAUAAUAUAACGAUGAUAAUGUGGGUGUUGGGUGUUGGAUUAUCAUGGGGUGAAUGGCGGUGGCGAAGCGGGGCGCUGUUGUUGCUUUUUUGAAAUUCUCACUUGCUGAUAGCAAGCAGGCUAAUUAGCGAGUUAGCUGCCUAGCUACUUGCUAAUCGUGCGAGAAAGAAAGGUUGUGGUUGGGGGGGGGGGUUGGUCUGAAUAACUUUUUACUGUCGCGGGGAUUUUCCUUCCUUUUUUAAAUAAUUGAUCAGAAGUAAUUAUAAACUACUGCAAUGGCUGAAAAUCUGCUCGACGUUGGACCUCCCAACCCAAAACGACCGAAGCUGAAUACACCUGCUCUUUCCGCCUCCGACGGUCCAGACCUGGGCUCCCUGUCCUGGGACGACCUAGAGAAUGAUCUUCCAGAUGAACUCAUCCCAAACGGCGGCGACCUCCUGCUGCCCUCCUCCAAUGGUGGCGGGGCUGGAGGCGGAGGAGCGGGUCCUGGUGGAGGGGCAGCGGGCUCCAUUAUGCCUGACGCCGCCGCUAAGCACAAGCAGCUGUCUGAGCUCCUCCGAGCGGGCAGUAGCGGUGGCGGCUCCAGCCUGGUGGGCGCUGGCAACGCCUCGACUGGGGGCGCCACCUUAGGGGGCGGCCAGCUGGGAGCCCUGGGCAAGAGCCCCCUGGGCCAUGGCUCUCCGUCGCACUCCUCCCCACAGCAGCCGAAGCCCGGCGGUGGCGCCAACGCAGGGGUCCAGGCUGCCAACAAUAACGGCGGUGCCAACGGUGGCGCCAACGUAGCCAUGGCCAUGAACACUGCGGGAUUCAACCAGGCCAUGCUGAACAGCGGGCAGGGGCACGGCAUGCUGGGCCAGGGCGCGGUCGGCCAGCAAGGCCAGGUGCUGAACGGGACGCUGGGCCCAGCCGGACGGGGCCGUGGGGCCAUGCAGUACCAGGCCCAGGCAGCGGUGGGAGCCGCCGGGGCAGGGGGCACUGCAGCGGGCAGCGUGCUUGCAGAAACACUCACACAGGCCGCGCUCAACGCCCAGCAGGCCAGCAGCAUGAAUAAGAUGGGCCUACCGGGCAACAGUAGUCCGUUUGGGCAGGCGUAUGGGCAGGGCACUGGCGGGGUCAACGCCCCCCUCCAGAACAGCCUGCCCCCAUUCCCCUCUGACCUGAAGGGAACGGCCGUCACCAACGUGGCAAACCUGUCCCAGAUGCAGCAGCAGCAGGCCUCGCCACAACAGACGGAGAACGAGAGAUCCACAGGGAGAGUGGGGGAGGGGGAGAGAGAGAGAGAGAGAGGGAGGGAGGGAGGAAACCCAAUCCUCCAGGAACAUGUCACGCUUCCCUUCGUGGCCAAACUGUGUGUUCCCAGUCAUGGUUCGACAGCAGGAACUGUGUGUGUCUGUGGUGCCCUGUUUUGUUCUCAAAUACAGGAUCUUCCCUUGGGAGCCUCUGGUUGGUGUGUGUGUCUCUGUCUGUGUAUGGGACCAGUAUCCCGCCAGCCCAUCAAGUGGCUUGAGGGCCUUGUUGUGGCUCAUUGUGCGUCCUCCAGGCAAAUCAUCUCUCACUGGAAGAACUGCACGCGGCACGACUGUCCCGUCUGCCUGCCGCUCAAAAACGCCAGUGAUAAACGCAACCCGCAGCCCAUGUUGAGUUCUCCCAGCGUGGGCCUGCCCAGCUCCAUGGCGACGGUGGUGGGUCCUGGCCAGCCCAGCACUCCUGCCAUCAACAGCUCCACCACCAUCGACCCCAGCUCCAUGCAGCGCGCCUACGCUGCCCUGGGCCUCCCCUACAGCAAUCAGCCGAGUACCACGCAGACGCCCGCCCAGACGCCCCACCAGCAGCAGCUACGACCCAUUGGCGGUCUCGCGGGCUCGAAUCAGAUGACCCUGGGGGGAGGGGCGAUGGGCGGGGGCACCUCGGAUCCAACCAAUCUGCACUCGGACUCAUCACUGCCGUCCACUCUCAAUCCCAACAAUCAGCUGAUGUCUGCCGACUCCGGGGUGGGCGCCACGGCAGCUCCGCUCUCGGCGCCGGGGAUGCGCAAGGCAUGGCACGAGCACGUCACUCAGGACCUGCGCAACCACCUGGUGCACAAGCUAGUUCAAGCCAUAUUCCCAACACCAGACCCCGCUGCACUGAAGGACCGGCGCAUGGAAAACCUGGUGGCCUACGCCCGCAAGGUGGAGGGGGACAUGUACGAGUCGGCCAACAGCAGGGAUGAGUAUUAUCAUUUCCUGGCAGAGAAGAUCUACAAGAUUCAGAAGGAGCUGGAGGAGAAGCGUCGCUCACGGCUGCAGAAGCAAAUCAUCAACCAGGGGCCCCUCAACCCAGCUCAGCAGCCGCCCAGCAGGCCUCCGAAUGGACCUAUGCCUAUGCCCAAUGUGCCAAAUCAGAUCAUGAAUCGCAUGCAGGUCUCUCAAGGGAUGAACCAGUUCAACUCCAUCGCCAUGCAGAAUGUGCAGAUGACUCAGGCACCCAUGGCAGCCCGCGCGGCGUCCCCCAUGAACCACCCGCAGCAGAUCAACAUCAGCUCCGUCCCGCCGCUGGGGAUGUCCCCCACGCGGAUGCCCCAGGGUCAGGGCAUGAUCGGCGGCCAUGCUGGAGCCAUGGUGGGCCAGACGGCCAACCAGACGCAGUUCCUCAACGCCAACACGGCCAUGACGGCUACAGUGGCGCUGGGCCAGACCGCAGCGCAGGCAGCCGUUACACAGCAGCAGCCACAACAGCAGCCACCCCCCAACGCCGCCGCCGCUGCUGCUAGUCUCCCCCUGAACGCCCUCGGCGCUGUGGGCUCGUCGCAGCUGCCCCAGGCCGCGCUGCGCGCCACGCCGACUCCACCUUCCUCCUCCUCCUCCUCUUCCUCCUCCUCCGCUGCUGCCGCUAGCCUGCAGCCUCACGCGCCCCCGCAGCCGGCCGCUGCAGCCGCCUCCUCCUCCAGCCGCUCCUCCACCCCCACCCACCCUUCCUCCUCCGCGUCCGGCCCCACGCUGGACGCUCCGCAGGCCGUGCUCCAGCCCCAGCAGCAGCAGACGCAGCCCCCCACCACUCCGCUCUCUCAGACUGGUGCCAGUCUGGACAACAGGGUUCCCACCCCGGCAUCGACGGCCAGCGCCGACCCUCACUCCCAGCACGCGCUGGCGGACCUGCCCACGGCCAGCGAGCCUAAGGCGGAGCCGCGGCACGAUGAGCAGGACUUUCAUCCGGCCGGCAUCAAGAUGGAGCCCAAGAUGGAGACUGAGGAAGACUCUGCUUCUCUGUCGGUGAAGAAGGAGGAGCCGGACAGCGGGGAGACGAAGCAGGAGCCCAUGGAGACGGAGGAGAAGAAGGUGGACCCGAAGGCCGAAGUCAAAGAUGAGGAGGAGGCUGGGGCCAACAGCACGGUCACGUCCUCCUCGCCCUCCCAGUCCCGCAGGAAGAUCUUUAAGCCGGAGGAGUUGAGACAGGCUCUCAUGCCCACGCUGGAGUCCCUGUACAGGCAGGACCCCGAGUCUCUGCCCUUCCGCCAGCCAGUGGACCCCAUGCUGCUGGGCAUCCCUGAUUACUUCGAUAUUGUGAAGAAUCCCAUCGACUUGUCCACUAUCAAGCGUAAGCUGGACACAGGCCAGUACCAGGAGCCCUGGCAGUACGUGGACGACGUGUGGCUCAUGUUCAACAACGCCUGGCUCUACAACCGCAAGACCUCCCGCGUCUACAAGUACUGCUCCAAGCUGGCUGAAGUCUUCGAGGCGGAGAUUGACCCGGUCAUGCAGAGCCUGGGCUACUGCUGUGGGAGAAAGUACGAGUUCUCUCCGCAGACGCUGUGCUGCUACGGCAAACAGCUAUGCACCAUACCUCGCGAUGGGACUUACUACAGCUACCAAAACAGGUAUCAUUUCUGCGAGAAGUGCUUCAAUGAGAUCCAAGGGGACAGUGUAACUCUCGGAGACGACCCAGCACAGCCGCAGACGAUGAUUUCUAAAGACCAGUUUGAAAGGAAGAAAAAUGAUACACUAGACCCUGAGCCGUUUGUUGAAUGUAAGGACUGCGGGCGGAAGAUGCACCAGAUCUGUGUUCUUCAUUACGAGGCCAUCUGGCCAUCUGGAUUCAUCUGUGAUAACUGCUUAAAGAAGAGUGCGAAAACAAGGAAGGAAAACAAGUUUUCUGCCAAAAGAUUGCAGUCGACACGGUUGGGCACAUACAUAGAGGACCGAGUUAACAAGUACUUGAAGAGACAGAGCCAUCCCGAGGCCGGGGAGGUGUUUGUGCGAGUGGUGGCCAGCUCUGACAAAACAGUGGAAGUGAAACCUGGCAUGAAGUCCAGGUUUGUGGACACAGGCGAGAUGCCGGAGACCUUCCCGUACCGAACCAAAGCACUUUUUGCCUUUGAGGAGAUUGAUGGGGUGGACGUCUGCUUCUUCGGGAUGCACGUGCAGGAGUACGGCUCAGAGUGCGCCUUCCCCAACACCAGACGGGUAUACAUAUCAUACCUCGACAGUAUUCAUUUCUUCAGACCUCGAUUGUUGCGAACAGCAGUCUACCAUGAAAUCCUAAUUGGCUAUUUGGAAUACGUCAAGAAACUUGGGUACGUGUGGGCACAUAUCUGGGCCUGCCCCCCUAGCGAGGGCGACGACUACAUCUUCCACUGCCACCCUGCCGACCAGAAGAUCCCCAAGCCCAAGCGGCUGCAGGAGUGGUACCGCAAGAUGCUCGACAAGGCCUUCGCCGAGCGCAUCCUCCACGACUACAAGGACAUCUUCAAACAGGCCACGGAGGACCGUCUGAGUACCGCCAACGAGCUGUCCUACUUCGAGGGCGACUUCUGGCCCAACGUGCUGGAGGAGAGCAUCAAGGAGCUGGAGCAGGAGGAGGAGGAGCGCAAGAAGGAGGAGAACACCGCCGCCUGCGAGACCCCAGAGGGCACGCCUGGGGACAGCAAAAACGCCAAGAAGAAGAACAACAAGAAAACCAAUAAAAACAAGAGCAGCAUCAGCCGAGCCAAUAAGAAGAAGCCUGGGAUGCCGAAUGUAGCCAAUGACCUGUCCCAGAAGCUUUACGCCACCUUGGAGAAGCACAAGGAGGUGUUCUUUGUGAUCCACCUGCACUCGGGGCCCAUGGUGAACACGCUGCCGCCCAUCAUGGACCCGGACCCCAUGCUGACGUGCGACCUGAUGGACGGGCGCGACGCCUUCCUGACGCUGGCGCGCGACAAGCACUGGGAGUUCUCCUCGCUGCGGCGCUGCAAGUGGAGCACCAUGUGCAUGCUGGUGGAGCUGCACAACCAGGGCCAGGACCGCUUCGUCUACACCUGCAACGAGUGCAAGCACCACGUGGAGACGCGCUGGCACUGCAAAGUGUGCGAGGACUAUGACCUCUGCAUCAACUGCUACAACACUAAGGGCCACGAGCACCAGAUGGUCAAGUGGGGCCUGGGCCUGGACGACGACAGCAACGGCCAGGGUGGCGAGGCCUCCAAGAGCCCUCAGGAGAGCCGGCGCCUGAGCAUCCAGCGCUGCAUCCAGUCGCUGGUGCACGCCUGCCAGUGCCGCAACGCCAACUGCUCGCUGCCCUCGUGCCAGAAGAUGAAGCGCGUGGUGCAGCACACCAAGGGCUGCAAGCGCAAGACCAACGGCGGCUGCCCCGUGUGCAAGCAGCUCAUCGCGCUGUGCUGCUACCACGCCAAGCACUGCCAGGAGAACAAGUGCCCCGUGCCCUUCUGCCUGAACAUCAAGCACAAGCUGCGGCAGCAGCAGCUGCAGCACCGGCUCCAGCAGGCGCAGAUGAUGCGCCGGCGCAUGGCCACCAUGCAGGGCCGCAUGACGCAGCCGCUGCCCUCGCCGCCCACCUCGGCCGUCCCCGCCGCCGCCGCCGCUGGCAUGCACACGCCGCCGCAGCCACAGACGCCACAGACCCCGCAGCAGCAGCAGAUGCCCAGCCAGCCUGGCGGCACGCCCAACGCAGCCGGCGUGAUGUCGCCCGCCUACCCGGGCGCCCAGCGGGCCAACGGCCCCACGCAGGCGCCCUCGUCGCAGGGCAAGCUGGGGCCCGCGGCCUCGCCGCUGCACCAGCAGCAGUCCCCCGUGGCCCAGGUCGCCCAGCAACAGCAGGCGACGCCCCAGCAGCUCCAACAGCAGCCCCAGCCUCAGCAGCAGCCGCCGGCGGCCGCCGUGGAGAUGGCGCGCCACAUCGAGAUGGUGGCUCAGGCGCAGCAGCAGAACCCGGGCUUCCGCGUCAACAUCAACGGCCUGCCGCUCAACCACCAGCGGCCACCGCCGCCCCAGCAGCAGCAACCGCCGCGCAUGCCAGGGCCCAUGCAGUCCCCCAUGCAGAUCGUGGGCCCGCGGGGGCCUCAGGUCAUGCAGCCCAUGCAGCCAGGCCAGUGGGGGCCGGGGGGUCCUCAGGCGGCCAUGCAGGCGGCAGCCGCCGCUGCCCAGCAGCAGCAGGGCAGUUUGCCGCAACAGCAGCCCCAGCCGGGCAUGCCCAUGCAGAGGCCCAUGAUGCCACCGCAGCAGCGCAUGAUGGGCCAGCGGCCACAGGUUCCGCCGCAGCGGCAGGGCGCCAUCGCGCCCAACGCCCUGCAGGACCUGCUGCGCACGCUCAAGUCACCCAGCUCGCCCCAGCAGCAGCAGCAGGUGCUGAACAUCCUCAAGUCCAACCCACAGCUCAUGGCCGCCUUCAUCAAGCAGCGCACGCUCAAGUACAAUGCCAGCCAGCAGCAGCAGCAACAACAGCAGCAGCAGGGCAUGCACGGGGCACAGCCAGCCAUGCAGGCCAUGCAAGCGGCGAUGCAGGGCGGAGUAGCGGUGCAGAGGCCCGUCAUGGCACCCCAGCAGCCUGGGCAGCCGCAGGCCCAGGGCAUGCCUGCACUGGGUCCCCAGGGUCAGCUGAUGAACCCGGCCCACGCCCCUAACCCCCAGCUCCAGGAGAUGUACCGGCGGCAGCUCUUACGGCAGCAGCAACAACAGCAGCAGCAGCAGCAGCAACAACAACAACAACAGCAGCAGCAACAGGGCGUGAUGCCCCAGGCCCACGGACAGUUCCCCCAGGCACAGGGCACACCAGCUACCUACUCCCAGCUCCGCAUGCAGCAGCAGCAACAGCAGCAGCAGCAGUUGGCCAUGCAGGCAGGAGCGGCGGGGCCCAUGGGUCAGCUGCCAUCCAUGACCCAGAUGGGGCAGCCCGGCCUGGGCAUGGACUCCCCACAGAACCUCCUGCACCAGCGGCUCCUCCAGCAGCAACAGCAGCAGCAGGCGGCGGCGGCAGCAGCAGCAGCGGUCCUGAAGCCCCAGAUGGGCUCCCCGGCGCAGCCCAGCCCCAUGAGCCCACAGGCGGCCGCCCACCUGCUGGCCGGGCAGCCGCUGGCAAACGCGCUGGGCAACCAGGUGCGCUCCCCGGCGCCCGUGCAGUCCCCGCGUCCGCCCUCCCAGCAGCAGCCGCCACAUUCCAGCCCGUCGCCAGCGCAGAUCCAGCCGCAGCCCUCGCCCCAGCACUCCGGCCCCCACUCGGGCUCGCCCCACCCGGGCCUGGCACCGCCCAUGCCAGGCGCACUAGAUCAAGGACACCUUGGGGCUGCGGAGCAGAGCGCCAUGCUGCCGCAGCUCAACACGCCCAAUCGUAGCGCUCUCACCAGUGACUUGGGCAUGGUAGGAGACACCACGGGAGACACGCUGGAGAAAUUUGUGGAGGGCUUGUAGCGCUAUUUUGGGAGAUUAUUAUUAUUAUUUUUUUUUUUUUUCCUUUCAUGGACCCACAAACCCACCCACUCAAGUCUCCCCUCAUCUUUUUU